AUGUCUACUGUAUCAACUAUACAACAAGCCCCUCGCCAUCCGCCAUUACAUCCAAUCAACACUAUCGAUAGAAUUAUUCAAAAUCAUCCUCUGACAGCCGCUUUACGAGAAAAUCCUCUACUCACCGAAUCAAGACCACACCUGGAUGCUCCAGAUGUCCUGAGAGGGGAGAGUCUUUUGGCCGGAACACUAGCAGGCCACCAGAAGAUAAGCGUGCCACCAUUUAUAUUCAAAGAUAAACAAAACAAAAGAUGCGUGAUGAUUAUGCAUCUCGGUGGCAAUGUUUGUAGCCAUCCGGGUAUCGUCCACGGAGGCCUUCUCGCAACAUUGCUCGAUGAGAGUUUCGCGUGGUGCUGCACUCAUCCUUUUGCUACAAGAGUUGGGGUCACAGCCAGAUUGAGCGUCAAUUAUCGAAAUCCGACAUAUGCCAAUUCCUACAUCGCUUUAACCUCGGAGGUUGUGAAGUUCGAGGGUCGGAAGGCUUGGCUGGAGGGGCGGAUUGAAACACUUGAGGUCGAUGGCCUGCCGUCAACCUUGCUUGUGGAGGGUCAUGCGCUUUUCAUAGAGCCGAGAGAAUCCGCAGUAAGUCUGGCGCCAAGAUUGGAUAGUCAUGAGUGGAAAUACCAUGAAACAUAG